GUUUGUCUGAGAGUUUGAUCCAUCCGGCCACAUGAUCCAUGGGCAGUAGCCACUCGCAAGGCAGUGCUUGCAGCUGGCACUGCAAUGGCGAAGUGGCGGGACGGCAUGAGGGCGAAGGGGAGGAGCCUGUUAAGCGGGUGAACGACGCCAUCGCCAAGAGUACCUCUGGUUACCUCAAGGCGCCGGAUUCUUUGCAGGUCAGCCGGGUCUGGAAGACGAAGGACCUGGCGGGCCAGGAGUGCAGCAGGGAGAGCGGCCAAAGCCCGAGCAUCCACACGCAGAGGUCAAACUCCAGCCACACCAUCUCUGAAGGCCUGGAGGCUCGCACAGACAACUCGUCGGAUGACCAGACGAUGAAGCACACUAUGUCGGUUUAUUCCGAUGCGAGCAACGCCAGUACGCGAUCCUCCCACCGUCACCACUGCCAACGCUUGAAGCUCGUGGAGACGAUGGGCCACGUUCCCUCAGCGGCUCUCCAGCUGGUGAUCAACAAUCCUUGUGCGCUGGACAGCGUCUAUUUGGUAGAGAAGCCCAUCGGCAAGGGCGCGUUCGGAAUUGUGCGCUUUGCCCGAGUCCGCGCAACAGGUGCUAAGCGAGCCAUCAAAACCAUCAGCAAGGAGAUGAUGAAGGAGAACACCGCGGCUUUGAAGCUAGAGAUCGAGAUCAUGAAGAUGCUUGACCAUCCUUGCAUCGUCAUGCUCUUCGAGGUCUUCGAGGACGAGGACGUGCAUUUGUCGAUGGAGCUUUGCUCUGGUGGUUGUCUGACCGACCGAGUGAAAGCAGCGUCGAAAAACCAUCUUCCACAUGAUGAGCUGCCUGCAGUCAUGCGCCAGAUCCUUUCUGCGGUGUUCUACUUGCACGAGAAGAAUAUCAUCCACAGAGACCUGAAAUCUGACAACAUCUUGACCAAGGUGGGUGCGUCAGAGCCGCUCGGUAGGACGAGCCUCAAGGUCUCCGAUUUCGGGCUCUCGCGCAUCGUGGAGGACGGCGAAUAUCUUUCCUCGUCGGCAGGCACGCCGAGCCACAUGGCGCCAGAGGUUUAUGAAAAGCGUGCUAACCACAAGGUGGACAUCUGGAGUUGCGGUGUGAUGUUGUAUUACCUCGCCUGCGGGGACCUGCCUUUCAAGAAUGAGAACGAGACUUGCCGAGCCCGGUACAGGAUGACCACAUCUGCCUGGGCUUCUGCAGAUCCGAAUUUAGGGACCUUCCUCAGCUUGCUGCUGUGCAAACGCCCAAGCCUGCGGUAUUCAGCCAGGAGAGCCCUCAGAGACGACUACCUGCACCGCCCCAAGAGCUGUGUCCGGCGAAAAGGUCUUUUGGAGGACAUGCGAGAAUUCAGAUCCCACAACAAGUUCAAGCGAUCGGUGAUUUGCACUGCGGUCUACAUGCUGCCGGAGAGUCAGAUUGCAGAGCUCCGCGAGCUGUUUAUUAGCCUGGACAUUGACGGCGACGGGGUUAUCUCUUCAGCAGACCUGAAGCGGGCCGGCAGCCUGGCCAUUGGCAUGGACGACAACCCCGUGGGCUCCCAACAGGUACGAGCGGUGUGCCGAGUGGCAGACAAGUAUGACUCCUUCAGCUCCAAGCCGUUCAGUUUCACCGAGUUUGUCGCGGCAGCCAUUGAUCCGGAGGCGUACCUCAACACGAAGGUCCUUCGCGCCACCUUCAACUGCUUCGACCGCGACGGUGACGGCUCCAUCUCCUUGUCUGAGCUGUCCAAUGGCCGGCUGCUGGGGGCCCUGUCUUUGGAAGAGCUCCACGAGAUAAUGACAUGGUGCGACGAAGACGGCAAUAUGCAGAUCGAGUUCAAGGAGUUUGAAGAUAUGAUGCGACGAGACCCAGCCUGACCAGUGCGCAGGUUUUUGUCCGCAGGUUACAUCUGCGCAUGCGCAAGGCAUCGCCAGGUUGUCCGUCCUUUUCGCGACGCCCUGAAAAUGUUCUGACUAUCUAAAGUGCUAGAGGGGACCCGUCGAAUGGAGAA